GCCGUCUUUGACCCUUUCUGUGAGGGAUAAGUUCACAGUUAUAUAAAYAGAGACACGACUUCACUUUACAGCUCUGAAGCACAAUGCAGAGAUAGGCUUUUAUUCAUAGGUUUUACCAGAGGGGCCAAAACAUUUCAAUUUUUUCUUCUUCUACUUUUAGCGAACAGCGCAGGCGUGUUUGGUCUUAUAGACUGACGUCACUUCCACAGCUCGCAAACGUGUCAGGCGUGAGCGCAUCAAGGUUAACAACAGGUUAAAGGCUCAUCUUUAUCUGUGAUCUUGUCAACCGUAAGACUUCAGCGAAAGAUUCAAGAGGCAUUCCUUUAUUAGGGUUCCUAUUUUUAAAGAAACAAAAAUCAAUCAGAAAAAAAAGAGCCAUGCUGCAAAACUCAAACUCACAACUCUGAGAAGAUUUUUUUAAACCUUUUUAUUUGUUGCUUAAAAACCCAAACUUUCGGCGUGGAGCCAACAAAACAUCUGCAAUGAGUCAAAAGUAUCUUAAUUCGGAAAUGAAAAUGGAGAGUAGGAGCAGCCACGGCGGAAACAGAGACAGGCUUGGACUGAGCUUCACGAUUGACUACCUUCUGUUCAACGGAGGGGUCAAAGGUUCUACAGUAGAAGUGACAGGAAGUGCUGCGGCAGACGGGACAGACAACAACAUGCUAAACCGCCGGGAUCCUGAGCCCGAAGAGGCGGAGAGUCACGGUCAGACAUCAGGGGAGCAAUCCGAGAAGUCAGAGGCAGGCGGUGAGAAAAGCAACGCCCGAGAAGAGGAGUGUGAUGAAGAACAACAACAAGAGGAGGGGGAGGAGGAGRUAACCACCACCACCACCACAUCCAGCAGCUUUGAGUCAGAGAAGCUCCAGGACAAACCCAACCAGUCGUACAUCGCCCUCAUCUCCAAGGCCAUCCUGGCAUCUGAGGAGAAGAAACUGCUUCUGUGUGACAUCUACCAGUGGAUCAUGGACCACUACCCUUACUUCAAGAGUAAGGAUAAAAACUGGAGGAACAGUGUGCGCCACAACUUGUCCCUGAACGAUUGCUUCAUCAAAGCAGGUCGGAGCGACAACGGGAAAGGCCACUUCUGGGCCAUCCACCCCGCCAACUACCAGGACUUCUCGGAAGGGAACUACCACUGCCGCAGGGCACGGAGGAAGGCACGGAGGGUGGCGGGGCAGCUCCGCCUCGCUUCCCUGACCUCUCCCUACCACCCUGCCUCUGCCCUCACACACCGUCCUCACAGGGUGGCUUGUUGGUGCUGUCCUCAGACCCCCACACUUCCUUUGUUUUGCUUGACCCCCAGACUGUACUGGCCAUGGUCCAACAUGCAGCCACAGGCAGGGCUCCACCUGGGCCUGAAUGCCUCUGUACCCUGAAAGUGUUUGUAUUAUUGAGUUUAAUCCUGCGUUACGGUUAGCUAACCCCACAUUCUGAUUUAAUAUUUAUAUUACUAAAUAAUCUAAUGUUGAAAUAGAGCUUGAUUUAGUCAAGUACGUGUCAUCAUAUUCUUUAUUUGAGUCGUUGAAUAAAAUAUGUAAAUAACGUAAAGCUGCUCAUCGUUGGUAUUCUUGAUGUUUGUAAAAUAUUUACUGAUAUUUGUAAUAAACUAUUAAUUUAGAA